AUGCGAGUAAUACGGGAGAAGGUGUGUCGGAUCAUCCGUAAAAUGCCGAAUGCUUUUUUGGCCGAUUUCUCAUGGUGUAGUGAGAAGGACAAGUUUGAGGAGACCCAGAUGCCCAAAUCUUUUUUGGCAUCUAUCCUCAUGAUGUUUUCUGGUCCCUUUUCACCAUGCAUAACAAAGGCAUUCGCUGAAUCCCCUCCAAACGACACAUGGACGCACUUUUCAUCAUUCAGAGGAAGGUGCCAGUCCAACGACCACUGCUUGGCAGAGUCUACGUCCAUUUGGAGGGCACUGGCAUUGGAACUCCAGGAUUUCAAGUCCACUAUUAGUCAUUUAUUUAUGCGAAUCCUCGCGCUGGCGAGCAUACUGCUCCGCGCUGAGAACAUAAAGAGCAUUGCUACAUCCUUUUUUCACCUGUGCCUUUCAGGUGAACGACAGCCACUGGCCGACAAGAACAAAAGUGACCCGAGAAACUUGGGCAAUAGUCUCUAUCCUGUGUAUCAAUCCGUACUAUGGACCUUCUCCAUCUAUCUGGAAUCAGUCGCGAUCCUCCCACAGCUAUUCAUGAUCAGCAGUACUGGGCAGGCCGAAACGAUUACGGCACACUACCUUUUUGCCUUGGGAUCGUACCGGGCCAUGUAUUUGCUUAAUUGGAUCUAUCGUUACUACACAGAGGAUGUGUACGAUCUUAUUGCAAUCGUGGCGGGUUGUGUCCAGACCCUACUCUAUAUCGACUUCUUCUAUCUCUACGUUACGAAAGUCCUCAAGGGCAAGAGUCUUGUCCUUCCUGUUUAAUGCGUGGUGGUGAGCUGUUUGAGGCUGUAUCGUCCUACGCCCCCUCCUCUCCGAGUGCAUUUUUUGGCCUUUUCGGUUUAACUCGUGAUCAACCUUUCGCACCCUGGUUGCUUGUGUAGGUUCUUUUCGUGUCUUUUUAAUCUUUCUCUGUUCUCCCGAUCCGUGUCUCACUCGUGUGCAAUUUGUGAUCACUUUCCAUCAUAUCCUGACUUACUCGACAGAGUUGUUCCCUUGGUAACACGAACUCCUUCUACCACACUUGUGCCUUUAUUUGUUCAACUUACUCACCUGUAUUUGAGCUCUGGUUUCAUUCAGUAAAACUCACCUUAAAGCGUGA